GAGGUAUAUAAAGGUGGAAGCCACAGAGUUGGUGGUCACCGCAAUAGCCAGUUUCAUCCCUUCCUAUCCAAACCCCAGAAACAACCAGAGGCUAAAGAUGGCACUAGCUGGAUCUCUUAAUGCAGCUGACAUCACUGCAGCCCUUCAGGCCUGCUCAGCUGCUGACUCCUUCAACCACAAGAACUUCUUUGCCAAGAUCGGUCUGGCUGCCAAGUCCGCAGAUGACAUCAAGAAGGCCUUCGCUGUCAUUGACCAGGACAAGAGUGGCUUCAUUGAGGAGGAUGAGCUGAAACUGUUCCUGCAGAACUUCUCUGCUGGUGCUAGAGCACUGACUGAUGCCGAGACAAAGGCCUUCCUGAAAGCUGGAGACUCUGAUGGUGAUGGCAAGAUUGGAGUGGAUGAGUUUGCUGCCAUGAUCAAGGCAUAAAUGGCUCCUGAACAUCACAAAGUUACAACCAGUAAUGUAGCCAUAGAACUCCCUAUUGUUGUCAUGGUGGCUGAUUUUUAUACAUAACUCUGGCUGUCCACUCCCAUGCUGCAUUCUGUCCGGAAUGACUGUAAAUAUCACACGGUCUUUCAUGUUGUAGAUAUGAAUGUUAGUUACUGUAAAAUCUUUAAAGCUGUUUUUGGGAAGGGACAAUGCGAAAAUAAAAAAUAAUAUUUUUCA